GACUCAGACAUGGAAGACUCAGGAAGACUCAGACAUGGAAGACUCAGACAUGGACGACUCAGACAUGGAAGACUCAGACAUGGACGACUCAGACAUGGACGACUCAGACAUGGAAGACUCAGACAUGGAAGACUCAGACAUGAAGGAGUGCCUAGACAUGGAGACUUUUACCGAGGUCGCCCAUUUGUUGUCCGGCGCACGUGUGGGAGGAAGACCAGGAGCUCUUGAAGAGGACCGACCGACAGGAUCCGUCCAUUUCGACAAUGGCGCAAACUGGACGGAGAUCGAAGACCACGCAGAUGGUGAGGCCACCCUUGUGACCUGCCAAUCGCUUCAGAGAGCGAAUCUAGACCCAGAAGACGAGAGGUUUUGAGAGCUGGCGCAGGUGUUUGAAGGCGCUAGGGGAGCUUCUGGAGAAGACGCCACCAAGCGAGGCAGAUGGCGUGGUGACUUCCAUCGGAUCAGCUGACUUGGAGGAGCAUUUGGUUGACCCCCCACCAAGUGAAUCGACACCUGACUUCGCGAACCCCUCAAUCUCCUGUGGCUGACUUCAUUUGUGCUGUAUCAUUCUCCUGCACCAUGCGGAUCCCGUUGUUGGUCGCAAAGCCAUGGGCAACUCCCGCUCCGUCUCAACUCAUAUCCCACGGGAUUUCUUCAUUCAUUGACCCGAGCGUUAGGGCAGUAGUCAGAUGUACGAGUAAUAGUAACCAGCCGCGGGUGCCCUGCCAAAAACAUCGCAUAUCGAUCUCAAACACCUGGGAGUUGCACUCCCACACCAGGCCGAUGGGUUGCGGAGCAUGUUUUGGGACGUUUCCAGGGAACCACUCACCCCAAAAACACAAGACUCGGAUGAAUUCGGGUGGUGGUGGGCAGUAAGCAAGCGUUCUUGCAGCCAUUUGGUGACCCUUGUGAGUACCCGACAGAAUUACUGUAAGUCAGCAGAAGUCCUCGGCUGGACAUCGUUUUUGGAACAAGUGAUUUGAAUGCAAAACCGAUAGAGGCCCACCCAAAACCGAUACCCUCUAAACGGAGAUGGCCCACCCAAAACCAAUACCCCAAAGAGUUGUAGAUGUAUAAGAAAACCUGAGUAGGGUACCACCCAAAUACAUGUAAAGAGAUGCCGAAACCUGAAAACCGAUUGGGGCCCACCCUAAUUAAAUUAUCGACGUGCUUUGCGGGUAAUAAGUGAUAUUGUCCGACACACAUAUAUAGGCCUGGAGGGGCUAAAAAAAAGGACCUCCAAAACCAAGCAUUCUGAGUUGGACGAUUCUCCUCCAAUCUCCAAUCCACAGGUUUUUUGCGUUCCUGAAAAUUGGCUGUUCUCCGUUCCAGUUCUAGGGAGCUGUGAGCUGAACGUCGAAACGGAAUUCAACAUGUUCCUUUCAAACUGGCAGGUCAGGAUGGCAUUGGGUCACGGUCCAACAAUCUUUCCGGUGGAUGGUAAAGGUGAUGGACACCGUUCCCAGCAUCAAACUCUGAGAUGGAUCUGGUGACCCGUAGAUAGGGGGUGAAGGGCUUGAACCCAUUUCAAGUUGAAUGAUCCGCUUGUCCCAGUCCAAAGUUCGACUGACGAUUGACCCCCGAGCGGCAAAAAAUUGGGAGCAAGGAUGACCGUGCAGCAAGAGCUGAAGCAGCUCGAUUUCGAGGCCAACCUGCAAGAGGCGUACGUCACAGAUCUUCGCCUGAGAAAUGGCAGAAAAGGAUCGCAUUUUUUUUGCAGCGGUGCGUCCAGAGCAAGAUGUUGGCAGGUGCAGCAGAAGCAUUAUUUUGCUUUAGCGUGUGUUCAUGUAGCUUCAUGCUGUAUUUGUCAACUGAGAGAUCGUAUUGUCCGACAUACAGAGUCCAGGCUCAACCUUUUUGAACCAACCUGGUCAUGGCGCG